AUGACCGAGCAAGCAGCGCGCCCGGGGAUCCCGGCCAUGUUCACGCAGCCGCCGCCCAUCCGCGACCCGCUCGUCACCGAGACCCUCGAUCUGCAGAACGCGACCCUGGCAAAAUGCCUGCCAUUCCUGAAAGGCAUUCACAGCAGCCAGAAGGACUUCAACGAGCACGGCGUGCCGGCUCUGCAGCGCGAUGAACAUGUAAGCUACCUCUACGACUCGCUGGAGGAUUAUCCCGAAGGCUUUGUCGCGAUGGAUGCCAGCCGCCCGUGGAUCUUGUACUGGGGGUUGGCGGGACUGGCGAUGCUGGGAGAGGAUACCACUCGAUUCCGUGAACGUGUGGUUGCUACGCUCCGACCAAUGCAGAACCCCACAGGGGGCUUUGGCGGCGGCCACGGCCAGACAUCUCAUGUGGCGGGCAGUUAUGCAGCCGUCCUAGCGCUGGCCAUGGUUGGAGGCGAGGAAGCUUUUGGAUUGGUUGAUCGACACGCGAUGUGGCAAUGGCUCGGCCGGUUAAAGCAGCCUGAUGGAGGAUUCCGCGUUUGCGAGGGCGGGGAGGAAGAUGUGCGUGGCGCAUACUGCGCGAUGACUAUUAUCUCGCUUCUGGAUCUGCCGCUGGCGCUGGCUCCUGGUUCGCAAGCGCGGGAUGCUGGAUUGGAGACUUUGACGAGUGGACUACCGGAGUAUUUGUCCAGAUGCCAGACGUAUGAAGGAGGUAUCUCUGGGAGCCCUGGAUCGGAGGCCCAUGGUGCAUAUGCCUUUUGUGCACUGGCAUGUCUGUCUAUCUUGGCGCCUCCCGAGGAGAUCUUCCACAGGCACAUGGAUAUGCCCCUAUUAGUGUCAUGGUUGUCUGCACGUCAGUCCGCCCCUGAAGGCGGUUAUUCCGGACGAACCAAUAAGCUGGUAGAUGGAUGUUACAGUCACUGGGUCGGUGGAUGCUGGCCAUUGAUUGAAUCAUCUCUGGCCGGCAAGCCGACUAGCACCGAACCCCCAGCGAACAGUCUUUCCAGCCGUGAAGGGCUUACCAGAUACAUCCUCGCGUGCUGCCAAGGUAACAACGGCGGACUCCGUGACAAGCCGGGCAAACACGUCGAUUCAUACCACACCUGCUAUGUCCUGGCGGGGUUGAGCGCAACUCAAAACCACCACUACCGCACAGACACGAGUGUCUCAAGCAAGAAUUUCUCAUCUUCCUUCUCUUGGAAGUCUUCACCCAACCGAUCUGCAGACAAUGUAUUCUCAAGGGGUGAUCGACUGGCGCCUUUCCAUCCCUUGUAUAUGGUUCCGCACAAGGCGGCGGAGGAAAUGCGGCUCUGGUCCGAGGCCCAUCCCCUCACUGUGUAG